ACAAGCAAAAUGUUGCAAGUGCGCAGCGGUCUAUCUAUAAUUCAGGCGCAAAAAGCAGCCCUCUCUGUCAGCAGUCCGCUGCGUUGGCAGACCACAGCAGCUGUAGCAGAGCCCAGAAAUGAUGCAGAGUGGCUACAAGCUCGUCCCUUUGAUCAGAUUCCUAGUACAACUUUUCUGUCUACUGUUAGGAAUUUUAUGCCUGGAGGAAAAUAUAGCAAACUGGACAUUGUGAAAUUGUUCAAAGCUUUGCAAGACGACUAUGGAAACAUAUUAGAUUUACCAGGUAUGAUGGGAGGUACGUCAUACCUGAUGACUCACAAUCCCAAGGACUUCGAGGUCGUGUUCCGGAACGAAGGAGUGUGGCCGCAUCGGCCUGGCAGCGAUACUCUUCGCUAUCAUCGGAAGACUCAUAGAAAGGAUUUCUUCCAGGGAGUGGAGGGAGCUUUACCCACACAAGGAAAAACCUGGAGCGACUUUCGAUCGGCUGUAAAUCCUAUCCUAAUGCAGCCGAAGAUCGUGUGGCUUUACUAUAAGAAGAUGUCCCAAGUGAACCAGGAGUUUGUGCAACGUAUUAAAGCACUCCGUGAUAUCGAUACCCAGGAAGCUCCAGAUGAUUUCUUAAACGUUAUAAAUCGGUGGACCCUCGAGUCAGUCUCUGUGGUGGCUCUGGACAAGCAGUUGGAACUGCUCAAAGAGUCGGGCGAUAACGACCAGGCUGUGUUACUUUUCAAGUACCUGGACGAUUUUUUUGAAUUAACAGCCGAUCUGGAGAUGAAGCCCUCCAUCUGGCGUUACGUUAAAACACCCAAGCUAAUGAAGCUAAUGAAGUCCCUAGAUGGCGUUCAAGAAAUAACUUCAGCGUAUGUAGACGAAGCUAUAGAGCGUCUAGAGAAAGAGGAAAAGGAGGGUGUUGUCCGCCCUGAGAGCGAGCAGAGUGUACUGGAAAAGCUGCUCAAGAUCGACAAAAAGGUGGCGACGGUUAUGGCCAUGGACAUGCUAAUGGCCGGAGUGGAUACCACCUCAAGUACCUUUACAGCGGCCUUGCUGUGCCUUGCCAAGAAUCCGGAGAAGCAGGCCGUACUCCGAGAAGAGGUGAUGAAGGUUCUACCCGAGAAGGACUCCGAAUUCACUGAGGCAUCGAUGAAGAACGUUCCCUAUCUACGUGACUGCAUCAAAGAGUCACAACGGAUCUAUCCUUUGGUCAUCGGCAAUGGCCGAUUUCUCAAUCGGGACAGCGUUUUGAGCGGAUACCAAGUGCCAGCUGGUACCUGUGUGUCGAUGGUUCCCCUGAGCUUGCUAUCAAGCGAGGAGCACUUCCCCAAGGCUGCUGAGUUCCUGCCAGAACGUUGGAUUCGUAACGCCACAGACUCCAACGGGCAAUGCCCGGCAAAUGACUUGAAGCUGAAGAAUCCGUUUGUGUUCUUGCCCUUCGGAUUUGGACCCCGGAUGUGCGUUGGAAAGCGCAUCGUGGACAUGGAGCUCGAGCUGGGCAUCGCUCGACUCAUUCGGAACUUUAGCAUCGAGUUCAAUCAUCCCACGGAGAACGCUUUCGGCUCCUCCCUGAUCAAUUUGCCCAAC